ACCGGAACCGAUCCUCAAACUGGGUUAGCGUAGCGUCAGCCCGCCAUUUUGUUUUGCGUUUCUUGUACUCUUUUGCAAAUUUCCGCGCUUUCCAGAACCUAAAAGAAAAAUGUCGCAUAGCCGCAACGAUUGCAGAAUUUACGUUGGAAAUUUACCGCCCGACAUUCGCACGAAGGACAUCCAAGAUCUCUUCUACAAAUUCGGUAAGGUAACAUUCGUCGACCUGAAGAAUCGCCGCGGCCCCCCGUUCGCGUUCGUCGAAUUCGAAGAUCCGAGGGAUGCGGACGACGCGGUCCACGCACGAGACGGCUACGAUUACGACGGUUACCGUCUUCGAGUCGAGUUCCCCAGAGGGGGCGGUCCGAGCUUUCGAGGCCGCGGUGGCGGAGGCGGCGGCGGCGGUGGACGCAACCGAGGGCCACCGGCACGUCGGUCUCAGUUUCGAGUUUUAGUCACAGGACUGCCUCCUUCCGGAUCCUGGCAGGAUCUUAAGGAUCACAUGCGAGAAGCAGGUGAUGUAUGUUUUGCAGAUUCUUUUAAGGACGGUUCCGGAGUGGUAGAGUUCUUGCGCUACGAAGAUAUGAAAUACGCAAUUAAGAAAUUAGACGAUUCACGAUUUAGAUCGCAUGAGGGCGAAGUGUCUUAUAUUCGUGUAAAGGAAGAUCGUGGCGCUAGCGAUCGUCGGUCCGGCGGUCACUCAAGAAGUCGCUCGUACUCGCCGCGUAGGCGUGGCUCGCCCACGUACAGCCCGGUCAAACGCAGUUAUUCCCGUAGCCGUUCCCGUUCGUAAGACCUUAAGCUGUAUGCUUUAGAAGUAGAUCGGAAUGGUUUUGUAUAACUAAGCAAAUGUAUGUAUCAUUUUCACAACUGUUUUUUUUUUACUGCUUUCGCGUUCUUUCUGUAAGUCUUAACAUUCCUCGCUAUUAUGGGAAUAUUUCAUUUGUUUAAAAGCAAGACUUGACCUUCUGAUGUGAGUUAAAAGCAAUCGACAUAACAUGAUUUUAUUUUGUGUUCAGUAAUCGGAUGUAGUCAUCAUUGUUUGUCUAGACAGUAUCAAAAGUCUAUUCUUGCUCUUAAUAGGUUUAAUUUUAAAUUUUUCAACAAAUUUAUUAAUGUAACUUUGUAUGUAAUAAGAGGUGCUCUAAAACUGCACAAGUUUUAGAUCAUCUUUUUAUAAUAAAAUAGUGACUAAUUGUAUUUUUUGUUGCCUGUUCGUGGGAUGGGUCAAAUAAACGAAAUCACUUGAACACAUGUUACUUUUUGGAUGCAAGAGGAUAGGAAUGAAUGUUUGGAGGAUCACUUUAAGGAGGAUUAACGGAAAUACGAAGGAUUUCGUCUUUUAGUUGGAAAUUACUCUCGUACCGCUUGACGCUUUUCUCGACAAAUUUCACUAGGACCAAACUUUGGUUUGGUUUCGGCUUAAGUUUGGACCACGUGGGAUUUGAUUGUCAAAAAAAAAAUGUAUAGGAUCAGAUUUCGGAUUUCUUGGAAUGCUUAAUUGGAGGAGGAUGUUUUAUGUCGUUCGGGAGCAUAGGAAUUUAGGAAAAAAAACGUUAGGAUCAUCUACAGGAUUUUUGAGGGAUUUUGAGGAGGAUUUUUGGCUUUUGGCGAUUAAGAGGAUUGCUUGUGUUUGGGAUUAACCGGAUCAUCUUCAGGUAUUCUUGUAUGUUUUGCCAUUGUUUUCUUAUUUUUUAAAACAUUAUGAGUAAGUGCGACUUGUUUUCCUUUUUUUUACUAAUUUAAAUAUCUAUUGCAUGCUUUUCUUUAAUUAAAAAUAAAUGAACGAGUGUGAUGAGUGAUUGGUUGAUAAAAGCUUAUUUUAAUAAAUGUAUAUUUUGUACUGGAUCAACUAAUGAUAAUUACAGCUCAUUUGUUUAGUAAGCGUUACAUUUUAGGAUUCGAUCAGAUUUGUAAAAUGGGUAGGUAUGUACAUUCGGUAAGUAAGUUUGUAUGCAUUGUAAGGUUAUGUGUAAUAAAUUUAUAUACUGGUG